GUCCUGGAGAUGAAGUGCUUCUGGUUAAAAUGAUUCAGCGAGAAACCACACCCCCACCAGAGCUAUCCCACCCUGCCCUGGUCCUGGGGCUCUACUUGCCUAGCAUUUCUACCGUUAGCUCUGGCCUACUACACGCUACCCUUAACCCACAGAACCAUGUGGCUGGCCAUUCUGCUUGCCCUCUGCUGCCUGACUUCCGAUUCCCAUGGGACACACACCCCAGAUUUUUGUUCCAAAGAUCGGAACUCCAGUGUGAAGCCAGGAUUCCCCAAAACAAUAAAGACCAAUAACCCCGGAGUACUUAAGGCAGCCAGGCACAGCGUGGAAAAGUUCAACAACUGCACAAAUGACAUCUUCUUGUUCAAGGAGUCCCAUGUCAGCAAAGCCCUGGUACAGGUCGUGAAAGGCCUGAAAUAUAUGCUGGAGGUGGAAAUUGGCAGAACUACAUGCAGGAAGACCAAGCACCCCCACCUGGACAACUGUGACUUCCAAACCAACCCUGCCUUGAAGCGGAUUCUAUACUGCUACUCUGAAGUCUGGGUCAUCCCCUGGCUCCACAGUUUUGAAGUGCCUGUUCUCCACUGCCAAUGACUUCUGCUCCAUCAAUAAGACUGCGGCUGUGAUAAAUAAUACAUUCAUGUGCUCCCCAUUCUUUUCUUUUCUUUUCACCCCAGCCUGGCCAUCUCAGAUCCUCAGGGCUCUCUUAAAAAUGAGCAGACAGAAGCGCCAGUGGGUCAUGAGGUGGCUGGGAUGGGAAAAUGAUAGUGCCUUCCCGGCCAGGUUAACUGUAUUCACACUUUCUUCUAAAAUUAAUUCUGGUGCUGCACACCUACACUCAAGAUGUGGACAUAGAGAGAGAAUCCUUUGAUGGCAUUACUAGAGCAUGGGUAGAGCAAAGCAGAUACAGUAAACAAGGUGGUAAUGUGGGAAGCUUCUUGAUACCUGACUGCAUUUCUUGUCUACUUUUAACAUCUGUUGAGAACAAUGUUGAUGAGAAUGGCUUAUCCUAUGUAAAAAGCUUAUCAUCUAAAAGCAA